AUGCCUCAGCCCGUUGUGCUGAACUCGAUUGAGGCUGCCGGCUUUGAUGUCGAUGUCACGUGCUGGUUCAAAUGGAAUCACGACGUCUACAGCGAGGACCCAUUCAAUCUCGACGACAUCAAUGUUUCGCUUAAUAAGGUCGACGCAGUGGAGUAG